AUGAGAUUGAUUAUUCGUGAUGAUUACGACGAGGUAUCUGAAUUUGUUGCCAAUUAUGUUAAAGAGCGUAUUCGUCAAUUCGAGCCUAAUAAAGAAAGGCCUUUUGUCCUUGGUUUACCCACAGGUUCUUCACCUACUGGAGUCUAUAAACGUCUUGUCGAGCUAUACAAGGCGGGUGAAAUCAGUUUCAAACAUGUUGUAACAUUCAAUAUGGAUGAAUAUGUUGGUCUACCCCGUGACCACCCUGAAUCGUAUCACUCCUUCAUGUGGAAGAAUUUGUUCAUGCACGUGGAUAUUCCACCGGAAAACGUUCAUAUUUUAGACGGUAAUGCUCCCGAUUUGGAUGAAGAGUGUAAAAAGUAUGAGGCCGAAAUCACCAAAGUGGGUGGAAUUGAGCUAUUCUUAGGCGGUAUUGGUCCUGAUGGCCAUAUUGCCUUUAAUGAGCCAGGCUCUUCCUUAACAUCACGUACACGUGUCAAAACUUUGGCUUACGAAACCAUCAUUGCUAAUGCACGAUUUUUUGAUGGAGAUAUUGCCCAAGUACCAAAGCUUGCUUUAACAGUUGGAGUUGCUACUGUGAUGGAUGCUCGAGAAGUCGUUGUGCUUAUUACUGGCGCGCACAAGGCGAUUGCAUUGGCUAAAUGCAUCGAAGAAGGUGUUAACCACAUGUGGACUGUAUCUGCAAUUCAGAUGCAUCCGAAAGGUUUGAUUGUCUGUGACGAGGACGCCACGUUGGAGCUUCACGUCAAGACUGUCAAAUACUUUAAAUCGAUCGAGCAUGUGCAUCAUUCUUUGAUUGGAGAAGAAAAUUUGUCGCUCCAAGGCGGUGUGAAGCAGUUGAAACGCCAAAUUGCAGUUGCAGACAAUAGUAGACCUUCCACUCCAAUGGAGUGA